CACUGUCCAUCCGCAUCUGCUGCGUCGUGUACUCUCAUCGAAGUAUGGCCCUUCUUCUAUCGAUUGCUCUGCUGGCUCCAGUCGUAUUCAAUGCCUCGUACGCGGUACCCGUUGUUUCAAGAGACACUUCUCUCUCGGUUCGAUCAAACGGGGCACUUGUAAGACACGAGGUCCCCAACAAUGAAGGCUUCCAUCGCCUUACUCGCCGAUGCGACGACGAUAACGAUGACGAUGACGAUGACGACGGUGAUGAUGAUGAUGAUGACGACGACGACGGCGACUGCGAUGACUACGAUAAUGAUUGCCAUAGACUAAGACGGCAUCGCCAUCGUCGCGAGAGACCCCGUGUCCUUCGCGUGCCCGAGCCGAUCAAGGUUCCCAGGCCAUUCCCUGUACCAGCCCCUUUCCCGGUCCCCCAGCCCGUGCCAGCCCCAGUCCCAGUGCCAGCUUCGGUUCCCGCUACACCGCCAUUCGGUGGUUCAGUUUCCUUUGGAUUUGGCGGCGGAUUUGGAGGACCCAUUGGUCCUGGCGGUCCUGGACCUUUUUAAAGGUCAUUGACAGGGAGCAAACUCACGGUAGAUAGGAGAACAUUUGCAGCAGAGUAAUACCCAAUCAUGUAAUGUAUACUCGCGCCAUGGAAAAAUAAAUACACGAAC